ACAGGUUCAGACGUUAAUGAUUUUCAUCAAGAAUGUGGAACUAAAACCACGCUGAUAAUCAGGAAAUGUUGCACAUCUGCUUCUAAAAAACAAGUUUCACAUGUAAAAAAUAAGUGACUGGAGUUUAUAGUUUUCUUUCUGAAAUUGAUCAGAUUUCUCCGUGUGAUUUGGGACCAAAGGGGCCGUCCCACUGAAAAUGCCCGGGGCCCUUCAGGAGUUAUGCCCAGCCCUGAUCCAAACGCAUGUUGGAUUUUCCUUCUUUUCAAAGCAGAAACCAGAACUGCUGCUUCCUGCAGCCAAUCACGUCAUCCGGUGAGUGAAAUAUGGAGCCAAACAGGUCGGACAGCAGCGGAUGAGCUGAGUGACAGAAAGUUUCUGAGGGAGACGUUGGUUCUUUUCUGAGGCCGGAUCUGUUGUUGUUUGGUUUUUAAAUGAAGGAUGAGGGGAAAAUGCGACGGAGGCAGCGGUCUCCAUGCUGACUCCAGCUUUCAAGGCACAUCAAAACAUGUUGAAAAUCAGAACAUUAAAGAACUGAAACACACGGAGGAAAAUGAGUGAUCCUAAAGAACCACCGGCGGUGAAGGGGCCCGAAACAUGGGAGGAUGACGACAUCGGGUCAGAGGCGCCGCAAGGUGAAGACCAGCAGGGAAAGGAGUUCCCUAAAACGACUCAAACAGCAAAACCAGCAAUCAAUCCUCUCACUCUCAUCAAAGAGGACUUCAACCAAAUUAAAGAGGAAAUGAAGAAAAUGUUCAAGGACAAAAACUCGGAUCCCAAACCGAGCCAAUCAGCGGAGAAGAGUAGCAGCCCCCUGACUCUCCUGAAAGAGGAACUCUCCAACGUUUUCAGGUUUGGUCCUUCAAGAGAUCGAGAGAACAAGAACGUGGAAAAGAAGGAGGACUCCAGGAACAACCGUCAGACAAAAGCCUCAGCAGGAGAGAGACCCAAUGAAAUGUUAAAGAGUCUGUUCAGGAGGGAGAAACCUGUCCUGAAGACGGCUCAAACAAAUCAAGCUACGAAGAGCAAAGCAGACAUAGAAAUAAAUCCAACAAAACAAAACAAAGAAAAUGAAAACACACAGAAAUCUAAUGACCCGAUAAACUGUCUGGAUGAAUCCCAGGACAGUCAGAUGACUGGUUGUGGUACAGAAAGGAGAACCGAGAAGACAAAGACUCCAAAACCACAAAGUGAGGAGCUGUUUGCAUCAGCAGCAGCAGCAGCUAAUGAAAAAAGUCAAACUGGAUUCUGGGACAAUGAAAAAAACGAAGAAGAAAAUGAACCUUUAGAAAAGGUUCUGUCCUCUGAAGUCAGUUUAAUCCCUCUAAGAACCAACCUGAGCCCCCAGCCUAUAGAAGACUUCUGGUCUCUGAAAAACUCUGCAAUUUAUCUGACCUUUGACCCCAACACGGCCAACUCAGAGCUUCGCUUAGCUGACGGCAACCGAAAGGCAAGUCGAGACUGGUUGACAGAUCGGCGUGCGGAGCACCCGGAGCGGUUCGAGCAAUGCCCCCAGGUUCUGUGCAGAGAGGGGCUGCUGGACCUGGCUUACUGGGAGGUAUCAUGGAGCGGCGGCGCCGACAUUGGCGUUACUUACAACAACAUCUCCAGAGACGGAGACACAGCGAGCUGCCUGCUGGGUCACAACCAGCGGUCCUGGAGUCUGGAGUGCUCCAACGGGUUCUACACGCCGUGCCACAACAACAAGAGAUUCCAGUCCUGCUCGCCUGAACCCUUCAGCAACAGGGUCGGCGUUUACCUCAACUGCCCAGAGGGGACGCUCUCGUUUUUCUGCGUUUCCAAGGACGCGAUGGUUCACCUGCACACCUUCACCUCCACCUUCACGGAGCCGCUGUACCCCGGGUUCUGGGUGUGGGCCAGCGACGGCUCGGUGACUCUGUGUCAGGUGGAGCUGUCUUGGGAACGUCUUCUGAAGUGAGGCUAACGGUGCGACUGAAGGACUGAUGACGAUUUCCAAACUGUCAGUCUUCUGCUGAGUGAAUGACGCGGACAUUAACCGACCGUCAAGCAUCUUCUGAUGAAGGACACGACAUGUAUGAACCAAAGAAGUGUUACUUUAGAAAGAUUUCAUGACAAAGACUAAAUGAACUCUAUAAAAAUUAAAUAUUUAAGUGUAAUUAAUGAAUUCUGUUGUGUUUACAUGCAAAUCUUUAUAAA